AUGGCACCCGUUCCGUUCGAGAACAUCCCCGACAUUCUUGUGGAUAUCCGUCAAGUGGAGCAAGAUACUCCCACGAUCCCUGAUAAAUCCCUCGAUCUCUCCUCGCCCGCCACGUUUGCUCAACUCGCACCCCGAUCCGAUUCUUCCUCCUCAGCCAAGCCUCAUUAUGGCGCAGGCUCAGUCGACCCGAACCACAUUAAGAUGCAGGGCCUCUUCGCCUUGUUUGCGAUCAUUGGAGCCGCAUUCGUCAUAGCUGCAAUUUGGUUCUUCUUCUGGGCCAAGAAUGGCGGUUUCGUCUGGCGCAAGGGCGACUGGGAGGACUACAAGUCGACCGUUCUCCGCCGCAAAGGACCUGACGGAAGAACCCUGAGUAACGCAACGAAGAGUACCAAGCUUGGCGGAGGAAGCAUUUUCAACCGAGGCUACACCGAUGAUGGAUAUACCUACACGGACGAGACGCAGACACAAACCGCAUCCAGCUUCACCGAUGAGAAGCCGAAGAAGAAGCGACUCAAUUUCAAGGACAAGAUCCUCCGUCGGCGUAAGGAGGAGCUCUGGGAGGGCGAAGGCGACGAGGAUGUGCGCUUGUAUCGCGAAGAGAAACCUGCUCGCAUGAGCGAUGUGCGUGACUACGCCUACGAGCAGCCCCGCCGUUCCAAGCGCCGCGACCCCUCUGGAUUCUCCUUCACUGCUGGCAGCGAAGAUGUCCUCAGCCAAGCAACCGAAGAACGCCACCCGCGCGAUCCGUCUAGCCGCCGUGAUCCCCGUCGUGAGCAACGCCGUCACGAGCGCAAGAGUGCUGUGCCCUCUGCGCCGUCGUCUCGUACUAGCAGCCCUCGCAAAGAGGGUCCUUACAUGACCGGUGGCGCUGGCUACACUGAGCCUCUUGAUUUCUCUUCCCGCGGAGCUCGCUCGAACUACCAGUACUCCAACGUUGAUACGGAAGAGUCGUCUGGUACUAAGAGCUACCACCACCCUAUUCCUGGAUUGAACAAGGGGUAUCGUCGAGAUGAUCGCCGAGAUGGACGACGGAGCCGCCGCCGCGAUAGUCUAAGUGACAGUGACGGAGAUGAUACGCGUUACUCUUAG